AUGGCACAGAGAGCUGAUGUCACAAAUCACUUCAUGGGCUGUAACAACCCGCUGGGUAUGGAGAGUGGCGUUAUCUUACGAGAUCAGAUUCAAACGUCCUCAAUCUUUGACCAGAAACACUCUCCAAACCACGCCCGGCUCAACAGCGUGUCCUCCUGGAAAAUGGAGGAAAAUGACACCAUGCCGUGGAUACAAGUGGACUUACUGAACUUACAUAUGUUGGCCGGGGUGGUCAUACAAGGAGGCGGUAAGGAUGGUGGCUAUGUCUCAUCCUUCUCAUUCUCCUUCAGCAUCGACGGAGAUCAGUGGCUGCCUUACACGGACGACGAAACGACUCAUGUGCCGACGUUGUUUGUCGGAAACAAAGAUGGCAACACCCCAAACCACGUAUACUUUUCUCGCGCAGUCGCAACUCGAUACGUACGACUGCACCCACAGUCAUUGAAACGAACAGGAGGUCUACGUCUCGAAGUAGUUGGAUGUAGAUCCUCCAGUUGCACGAUUGCUAGUAAAGCAAAUGGAAAAGAUGUUCAGUUUUAUCAUCAUCAUCAGGCGAUGUGUACGGAACCUGAGUGCAUUGUGGGACGUGGCCUGAACUACAGAGGCAAGCAGAACGUCACCAGAAGCGGUCGGCCAUGUCAGAAAUGGAACUCCCAUGACCCUCAGCAUCAUUGCACCACACCCUCACUCUACCCGGACGCAGAUCUCUCUGAAAACUACUGCCGUAACAUACCGGAUCACCCGUCCAAAGCACCGUGGUGCUUCACAGGAGAGCAGGACUGGGAGUAUUGUCAUGUCGAACGUUGUGAAGUCGGCUGUGUCGACUUGAAGCUUAACGCUGUUGGAGGAGAGAACGACUGGGAUGGAUUCCUUCUCAGCUCCAACACAGAUGACUACACAGACAUCACAGACUUCUCGAUGGCUACACGAGAAGAGAUUGCUGAGAUGGGUCACCAAAAGGAAGACCUCAUCCUGCAAUGUACCUUUGACAAAGAACGCUGCUCAUUGGACGAUUUCAAAGUGACGCAAAACGCCAAAUAUGGCAACUGUUUUACCUUCAAUCACGGCGAAGACGACAAAGUUCGAACCACGACCAAGGUGGGAGCGGAGUUCGGUUUAAAACUGACACUGUCAAUCGAGUCUGACGAAUACGUGGGGCUCUUCGGUCAGGAUCCCGGAGCAAAGGUCACCAUACACAGUGUCGGUUCGACGCCGUUUCCUGAAGGCAAUGCUCUCAAUACCAAACCCGGAGAGAGCACUUUCGUCGGCUUGAAACGCAGUUCUGUCAAACGACAGCCACAUCCUUACGGAGACUGCACUUCAUACCAGGAAAGAGACGAGCUGUACGGUGGAAGGUAUACGUACGAAACGUGUCAACAUUCAUGUCUACAGGCAGCCUUACUGGACAAGUGUGGCUGUUCUGACGAACUGAUUACCAUCAAUAGCACAUUGUGCAGUGUACUGAACAAGACACAAGAGUGCUGCCGUCAAGAAGUCCGAAAACGCCACGAGGACGGCAACCUUCUUUGCAACUGUCGGCAAUCCUGUGAGGAAGAUUCCUACGCUCUUUGGCUGUCAUCUUCCUUGUGGCCAUCAGACAGGUACGUCUGGUACGUCUUGGAUAACAUCCACACCAGGAGCAGGGCUCGAAAUCUGCCGCUCAGCCCAAAUGAACUACGACAAAAUCUCGCGAGAGUCCACGUGUACUUCCGUGACUUGAAUUACGAACUGAUCAAUGAAAAUCCGACUUAUACUGAGGAAACUCUACUCAGCGGCCUCGGUGGGUUGUUGGGACUGUAUGUAGGUCUGUCUGUCAUUACGGUCUUUGAGUUUAUCAAUUUGGUCGUUGAUGUAGUGAAGGUUGCUUGUAACAAAGAAAGGAAAGAUAAGGGCAACAUGGAACCGCCUGUCAUAAUGACUGGUAGCUGACGGGGCGAAUGCGUAUCAUAACUUAGUGAAUUAGGAAGAACUAGCUGCAAUCGCAAACACCACUAGCUUGCUAAAAGUAAGA